UCUGUUUUCAUUAGCGACAAGAAAAAAGAGCAAAAAAAAUCCAGAUCUUCUCAAAAUGGCGGCACCUAAUAGUGUGUCGGCUACUGAAGGACAGUCAUGGAAUUCUUGGGCCGAAACUAUCGGCUUCAGGAGUCCAGAAACAGACGAAGAAGCCGAUACAGAGGCAGAGACAGCAAAAAAAGAGAGUGAUGCCAUGAAAUUAAGAAAAGAGGAUAUGGAACUUUUCGGAUUUUGUCCAGCUUGGGAUGAUUUCUAUUUAGUUGUGUGUGAAAUAUGUAACCAAGUCACAAAACCACAGGCUCUGCGAAAUCACUUGGAGCAGCGCCAUGGGAGCAUUGGGAACUUUGGUCGGGGUGACCACACUGCUGACCCGUCCGUGCUUCACCCGGCGGGUGGAGGGAAGUCAUCGGGGCACAGCUCCUCGUCUUCAUCGUCGUCAUCAUCAUCUUCGACGUCAUCGUCUUCCGCACCGCGACACUCUAGUGGGCCUGCCGGGCGCCCGUCGUCUACGGCAAAGGCCCCAUCUGGGUCCUCACUGUCAGGGAGGCACAACAGUGCGGUGGAACGUCUAAAACGCAACAACCACACGCUGGCCCCCGUUGUCCGGGUGGAGCGAAUGCCACUUCCACGACAGCCCGAUGCCAUGGCCGCCCGCAACAGCUCGCCAGGCCGUGAAAAGGAAUUGCCUUCACCUCAGCAGCCGCCACCUUUAACCCCUGGAGGACUGGGACUGCUGUCUGGGCCGGGGCCAGGGCAGGCCAAUCACGUGACACCCGACGCAAGCACCAGCAGCACGUCAGCGAUGGCGGCUGCGACAACUCCAGCUGCGGCACCUACUCCCAUCAGGAAGGCACCUUCCAGCAGUGGUUCCACAGCGAGUACCGGUUCAUCUCUUGGAAAGAAAAUGCAGCGGGAGAGAAAACUGCUGCCUUGUAAAGAUCGUGAGUAUGACCCAAACAAGCACUGUGGUGUCCUUAUUGGAGACAGUGGGAAGCCGUGCACACGCUCCCUCACUUGCAAAACUCACUCCUUGACGCUGCGCCGAGCUGUUGCAGGACGCCGCAAGAAUUUUGACGAGCUUCUGACAGAGCACCGAGCCACAAAAGAAGCAGCACUCAAUGCCAGCAAAUCAGCACAUCCACCAUCGUCAUCAACUACUAGUUCUGCAACAGACGGAGUUGCCGCAUCACCCGCACCAUCACCGCUGUCAUCUCAUCAUGCCGGCGGCCCAUCAUCCACUAACGUGGCAGCAUCUUCUGCCGGAAAGCACGGAUGCCCUGGUGAAGGUACACCUUGGAGCUUGGCCUUUUUGCCAAGUGUCAGCAUUCUUCUGGGAAAUCCAUCUCUGCCAGGCAACAGGACGUCCGGGGGAUCAGGGCAUUUGCUUGUACGAGCCCCAAGUGGUGGUUCCAAGCAGACUGUGUUAUCCAGGGGGUCCAGUACAGCUGCUGCCUCCUCAGCUGGAGCCACUGCCAAACAGGACCAGCACACAAAAAGGUUUGUGCGUUUUAGACUGUGUAACCGACCCUCAACUCUGCUGAGCAACUGAAAUUGUAUUGCUACACAAAUCUGGCCUUUUUAAAAUUAUAUGCACUGCUUUCUCCGCAUUCAAGUUGCCCACUGCGCAUGUGUGAAGCGGCACUUCUGCAGAGAAAUGCUUGCGCAUGCAACCAUGGCAUGUGUCGCCACAAGGCUGUCACCGUAUGUAGGUGAUAUCGUAUGACCGUUUUGUGACGUCAGGUUAUUGGCACCACAGACGUGACACUCGAGGUUUGAGGUAGAACAGUGGACUGUUGCUGUGCAUAGAAUUUUGUUGUCAGACCCAAGCUUGCCCAUAGUAAAUUCAUCUUUAGAUUCAUCUGUAUUUAGUGUUUGCUGCAGCAUGCUGAUGGGCAAAUUAAUCACCAAAUUUUGAUUCCACCAUUGUGGCUCACCAGCUAGGUGUUCUUGACAAGUUCUGCUGCUGAGCUGGAGGUGGAUUCACUUCACAAGACAUGUUGGCUUCAUUACUGUGAAGA